GGAGUAGAUUUUUAUAGAUUUUCUUUAUCGUGGACAAGAAUCUUCCCAAGUGGAUUUCCAGACGAUAUUAAUUACGAAGGCAUCAAUCACUACAACAAGAUCCUAAAUUUACUUGUAGCUAAUAAUAUUACGGCUAUGGUUACUCUGUUUCAUUGGGAUCUUCCACAAGGCCUUAUGGCGGUAGGAGGAAUGCUCAAUCCUAGGUUUGUCACCUUCUAUACUGAAUACGCAAGAACGGCUUUUGAACAUUUUGGCGAUCGAGUUCAAUAUUGGUUAACUUUUAAUGAACCUUUUCAAACUUGUGUGUUUGCGUAUGGAGGUUUAAUGUUGGCUCCUGCACUAGGAAUCUCAGGGAUUGCGGACUAUCUCUGUGGACAUAAUCUACUGAAAGCUCAUGCAGCGGUUUAUCAUUUAUACAAUACGACAUACAGACCAAAAUUUAAAGGUAAAAUUGGUAUCUCAAUAAGUGCUGACUGGUUUGAACCAAAUACUACGGAUGAUGAGGUAGCUGCAGAAAGAAUACGGCAAUUUUGGUAUGGUAUGUACAUUCAACCAGUUUUUUCAUCUAAAGGGGAUUAUCCUGAUGUUGUAAAAGAAUAUAUUGCUUAUCAUAGUUCUUUAGAAGGUUAUAAACAAUCGAGGCUUCCACAGUUUACUCCGGAUGAAAUAAACUACAUAAAAGGAACUUAUGAUUUUAUGGGUUUAAAUCACUAUAGUACGUAUAUGGCUAGCGAAGCUCCAAACAUUAGUCUGAAAACAUCUUACUACAAUGAUUAUCAGGUCAGCCUAUCGUCUGCUAGCGGUUCGAUAGCGAAUGAUUCCAACGGUUUACUUGAGAUUGUACCGUGGGGUUUUAGAAAAUUGUUGGUAUGGUUGAAAGAUACGUAUGAUGAUCCUGACAUCUUUGUGACAGAAAGUGGGAUAAAUGAUUUGGAUGACGUGAUUGACGACAAAAGGAGAAUUUCAUAUUAUGGCCAAUAUCUUGAAGCUCUCUUGGAAGCUAUUUAUAUUGAUAAUGUCACUGUUUUUGCCUACACGACCUGGAGUUUAAUGGAUAAUUAUGAAUGGAAUUUAGGAUAUACGUAA